UGUGUUGAAUGCAGUAGGCUGGAGUAGAUUGACACACGGUGUUGUUUUGCUUGUGUUUUAUUGCGCAGAGACGACAUAGAUAUAACAGACAGAUACUGCAGUGAUGUCCGGACAAGAGUCAGUGACUGUGACCACCACACCACACAAAUCAUCUGCUUUUGUUUUAAAGAAGAUUAUGAAUAUUCCUCCUCCAAAUAUACUGCAAGAUCAAGACGACGAUAUUGAGAAGGAGAAGCAGAGUUCAGCAGGUGAUGGUGAGUCGGGCGGGGCUGUGGGCGGCGGCUCGGGCCGCACAGGUGGAGUCUCCGCCUCUCUCACCCCCACCAUCUGGGACAAGACCAUCCCGUAUGACAGUGAGACCUUUCACCUGGAGUACAUGGACCUGGAUGAGUUCCUACUGGAGAACGGGAUUCCCGUCACUAUGGAGGAGGAGCUGAGUAAGGUUCAGGGGGCGGAGUCACAGGGGUCCCUCACAGCCUCAGAUUCACCACAGACGCAUGAAGAGAAAAAAGAGAAGGAGGAGGAUGAGGAGAGCAAGCAGGAGUCUGUGAGUGAUGAAACAGAGCAGGAGGUGACAGAAGAACCCAAAGAUGAUCCAGACCCGGUGACACCUGCUUCUGUUGAUCCAGAAGAGAUUGAGGUGAACAUCUCGUUUCAGCCGGACCCUACAGAUCUGGUUCUGUCCAGUGUUCCUGGAGGAGAACUCUUUAACCCUCGCAAACAUCGCUUCACUGAAGAUGACCUCAAACCUCAGCCCAUGAUCAAGAAGGCCAAGAAAGUUUAUGUACCUGAAGAAGCGAAGGAUGAUAAGUAUUGGUCACGAAGAAAGAAGAACAACGUAGCAGCGAAGCGGUCGCGUGACGCUCGGCGUCUAAAGGAGAAUCAGAUCGUCGUACGUGCCGCAUUCCUAGAGCGAGAAAAUGCGGCGCUGCGACAAGAAGUGGCCGAGCUGCGGAAAGACUGCGGCCGCUGCAAGAAAAUCAUGUCACUGUAUGAGACCAAAUAUGGAGCCAUAUAACAGACAAACUUCAUCAGGAUGAAACAAUCGUUCCUGUAGCUGAGGAUUCUGGGUAAUUCAGAUGCAUGAGGUGGUGAUGAGCACAUGUUAUGACAAGGAGUGUGUUUCCAGUCACCGGGGCUUUCAGGAGACACAAGGUCUCCAUCAGAUCAAGUGGAUGUGCCAAACUGAACCAUAUAAUAUAUAAAAUACCAUCAGUCAUGACAUUUACCUCAUUUCACCCCUCCCAUGAUCCUGACAGGACUGAUAUUCAUAUCAACAGAUGAAUCACAUAAGAGUCUUCAUUGCACUAAAGUUUCCUCCUCAUGUUUGAGUCCAUGAUUCUUCACACAGAUGUUUACGGUGUGUAUAAAGUGCAUGGCUUGUUGUUAUAUGAAGCAAUUAUGUUGUUUUGUCUCUAAAACUGAAAAUAAUCUUCAGAAUGAGGGUGAGGAUCGACUGCUCGUGUCUGAUAAUGAUUUCAGGAGGAUCUUUAUGGGCUUGAUAAUGAAGGUGUUGUCCUAACACAAACCCUUCAGUCUCUUUAGGUCAGAUAGAUGAGUUCUGGUGUAUAUAAAUGAAGUGGUUUAACUUCCAGAAUGAUAUGAAUAUAUUCAUGUAGAUUUGAUCUUACAGACUUUAUGAGCUUUAUUCAUCCUGUUGCAAUUAUUCAGACUUCAUUUCUCUCUUUAAACACAGAUGUUUGUGCAGGGAUUUAAACAGUGACUUCAUUGAUCUACUGAACUGGAUUUACUUUGUUUUCAGGAUUCAGUACAAGGCAAUAACAAAUAAUUCAUCUUUAUAUUGUGAUCAUGUUCGAGUCUGGCAGCUCAGCUCUGUUGUGUGAAUGAGAAACCAUUCAUGGACUUUUUUUAGAAAUGGUUUUAAAUAUAAUUUACACAAAUAUUAUCUGCUACUGUUUGAUGAUCGAGGCCUGAUGUGUGGAUUAUUUUAUAUUUUUACAUGUCUUGAUAUGGGAUAUAUAUGUAUGAAGCGUAAUAAAUGUACAUACACACCUCUGUUACUCACACGAGAGACUUUACAUUUACUCAGAUUAUAUUUAAAAACAGCAAAAAGGUCUAAAUGGGCUUCCAGUUUCAAACUAAGGGUUAAAGCUUUUAAAAGUUUUUUUUUAAAAGAGCACAAAGUGCUCCUACAACUUUGUAUAGUCAGGGCUUGUGUUUGACUUCUGAUUUUAUAUUAUAUGUGUGUGCAAUACUAAGGAUUGUUUUGUAAAUGGGUUAAAUGUUAUAAUGUUCUGCAUGCUGAUGUCAUAGUGAUGCGUGCAGUGGGCGUGUCCUUCUCUCUUACACGUAGCAUUAACAGACUGUUACGUUCAGUGAUGUUUUAAUUUCAUCUAUAUAAUAUAAACACAUUCUGUGUUGAACAUGUAAUGUUUGUGAUAAAUAAAUGUGAUGUUUUUUAAAUGAUCGCCUUUAUUUUUAGUUUCAUUUUAGUUUAAAUGUUUGUAAACUUCAUAUGUUGAGUUGUGUAUUCAAUAUACUUGUAUAAGUCACAUGAAAUUGAUCCAUUUCAUCUAAAAUGCAUUGAUAACACUUUAAAGUAAGGUUGUAUUAGUAAAUGCGUUAACUAAAAUGAACACAAUAGUUUUUUAGCAUGUUAGUACAGUUAGUUUAUGGUGCAUUAAUUAUGUUAACGAUUUCAAUGCUUGAUUUUAUAAAUGUAUUAGUAAAUGCUGAAAUGAAAAUUAACAUAGAUGAAUAAAUGCUGCAAGUAUUGAUCAUUGUUAGUUUAUGUUCACUAAUGCAUAAACUAUGUUAACAAAUACAACCUUAUUGUAAAGUGUUACCAAUAUAUUUAUUAAUAAUAAUAAGAAUAAAUGAUUUCCUCUUUAAGAGUGAAGUGCUGUUUUAAUAAAAACAUGUCUUGUAAUGGAUCUGUGUAAGGUAGUGUCUUAUAUCUGUAUCAUGAAUAUUAAUGAAGAUAAAUAAAGCUAUGACCUUAUUGAGGUCAUGGUGAAUCUGCUC